AUGUUUUCAUCGCUCAAAGUGGACCCACGUCCCCCAAUUCUAAAGUCUCCACUUCAGGAACUUGCUUUUCAAGCUACCAUUUGCUUGGCUCAAUUCUUGAGUCAAGGCUCUGUGACAAUGUCGCUAAGUACCAUGAAUAUAGUCUUGGAGUCGUUCUCUGAGCGUUCUGGCCACGAGGUGCCAAGUUCUCAAAAAGUGUGGUUCAUGGGUUCUUAUGCGUUAACUUUAGGUACUUUUAUCUUGAUAUCAGGCAGGCUUGGUGAUCUCUUCGGAUUGCGCAAAAUUUUUGUUUUGGGAUGGCUAUGGGCUGCAUUCUGGUGUCUUAUUACUGGUUUGUCAUAUUAUUCGAACUCGUCGGAGUUUUUCAUCAUCUGCCGUGCUUUUCAAGGUAUUGGCUUUGCAUUGAUUAUUCCGUGUGGAAUGGGUAUCAUGGGCACCGUGUAUCCCAACGGUAAGAGAAAAAACCUUUCAUUUGCAUUUGUGGGUGCAUCCGCUCCUGUUGGUGCGACCAUUGGGUGUUUAAUGGCCGGAGUGGUUGGACAACUUUGGUGGUGGUGCUGGGCAUUUUGGCUCCUCGCCAUCUGCUGUGUGAUCCUCGCAAUUCUUUCGAUGUAUGCCAUCCCUGGGGAGUUCAAACACCAUAAUUACACCUUGCGUGAGGCUUAUGAUAAAUUCGAUAUGUGGGGAUCAAUUGUGGGAAUUGUGGGCUUGAUUCUCUUCAACUUUGUAUGGAAUCACGGUCCUGUAGCAGGCUGGGGACUGGCUUACAUCAUUGUAUUGUUGAUCGUCAGCAUCGCCUUGCUUGUGGGAUUCUUCUACUUGGAACUUUGCCUAGUGUCGCACCCACUCUUACCCCGGUCUAUUUUCAACCGUAGAAUUGGCUUGGUGCUUCUCUGCAUGUCUCUAGGUUGGGGUCUGUUUGGCAUUUGGCAGUACUACUACUGGAGUUUGAUGAUGAAUUUGCGUGGCUACACCCCCAUCGCUACUGCUGUCACUUACAUGCCCUUACUCAUCCUCGGUAUUACUGCUUCACUCUUCGUGGGCUUCUUCAUGUCUAAGCGUCGUGCUCCAUACAUUGUGUGUGGAGCAAUGAUUGGCUUCAUGUGUGGCUGUAUCUUUCUUUCGAUCUUGCCUGUACACCAGACCUUCUGGAAGCUCUCGUUUGGCCAGAUGUUUCUUCUCGCUUGGGGAAUGGACUGCUCGUUUCCUGCAGCAUCCCUUAUUCUCUCCGAUUUCCUUCCGGAGGAGCAUCAGGGAAUGGCAGGCUCUUUAGUCAAUACUGUGGUCAACUACUCCGUGUCGCUCUUUUUGGCUAUUGGUAGUACUGUAGAGGUCCAGACGUACGCCAGAACAGCAGACUAUUUGAAGAGCUACCGUGCAACCGUGUACUUGGGUAUUGGAAUCUCAGCUAUGGCCGUUUUAUUCUCCAUAGUGUUCAUUGCUACCGAACAUGGAAAACAUCAUGAACAACACCAUGAAGAAAAGAGUCAUGAACCCACUAUCGAGCAACUGUCCACGCACAUUGAUGAGGAAACCAGCGAUAAGGAUUCCACCACCUAG